AUGGCGCAUAUCUACAACAGCCAACUGGACGCCUUUGAGCUCUACCAUCGCAUCCAUGAAACCCAAGGACAGGGUCCGUCGUCUUUACUUUCACCCAAGGGAACCGCACUGCCGGCACUUGGCCAUGCUAUCGCAGGCUCCGUUGGCUCGGCAACAUCGAAUAUCUUCACAUACCCACUCGAUUUAAUUCUUACCCGACUACAAAUUCAAAAGCAGCUACGAGAGAACCGGACAGAGGCCCAGGAAGAUGAAUACAGAAGUGUCCAAGAUGCUGCGUGGAGGAUAUAUGAAACGGAGGGUGGGUUCUCGGGGUUCUACACCGGACUGCUGCAAGAUACGGGCAAAACGGUUGCCGAUUCUUUCUUCUUCUUUCUAGUAUACAACUUCCUCAGAAAUCGGAGGAUAGCAGCUAGGAGUGCUGGUGGCUCAUCUGCUAUGGUCGUGCUACCAGUCCUUGACGAGCUAGGUAUUGGCUUUAUAGCUGGAUCCCUUACCAAGCUCCUAACAACACCAAUCUCCAACAUCGUGACCAGAAAGCAAACGUCGGCCUUGACGUCGACUCAGUCCAUCAAUGCUUCCUCUACUGACCCAGGUCCGCUGAGACACAACUCCUUAAAAGCUCCUUCAACCGCAGAUAUUGCGCAUGAUAUAUUUCAACAGAAAGGGAUAUCAGGCUUCUGGUCAGGCUACUCAGCCGCUCUAGUACUCACGCUCAAUCCCUCCCUAACCUUCUUCCUCUUUGAAACCUUCAAACGUCUCCUACUCCCUCGUUCGAAAAGGGCCAGUCCUCCACCAUCUGCAACCUUUCUCAUGGCCGCAAUUUCCAAAGCUUGCGCAAGUAGCGUCACCUACCCAUUUAGUGUAGCUAAGGCAAGAGCGCAAGUUAGCUCGAAACCCAUUUCCUCUUCGGAUACCUCUAUCCCAUCCAUCCCCGAAGACACAACAGACGAAAAGAGCUGUGCCUCUUCAUCAACGCGUGUGCCAAAAAAGGCAGCCAAUACAACCAUCUUCUCAACGCUCCUGAGCAUUAUCCAAUCCGAUGGUCCGGGCGCCCUAUACUCAGGCCUUAUUCUGGAACUCAUCAAAUCGUUCCUUUCACAUGGUACAACCAUGAUCUUAAAGCAAUAUGUCCACGGUUUCAUCAUCCAAGCAUAUUACAUAUCGAGCUUAAUAGUUGCUCGACUACGAUCGAAGGGCCUCAGAGCAGGAGCCCAGACCGAGAAACUUCUAGAGCGAGCACGAGAGCAAAGGGUCGAAUACUACGAUCUGGCACGCAACCGGGCCGAGGAAAGAGUGCGGACGGCGAAGGAGCGGAGCGUUGAAUACUAUGACCUAGCGCGGCGUAGAGCAGGAGAGAGAAUCCGGGAGGCGAAGGAGAUUAUGGGCGCAAUGACGGGGCUAGGGGACGGAUUGAGGGGCAAGGCGCAUGAGACUGCCGAACUGGUGGCGGACUAUGUCGAGGAGGAGGCUGAGGAGUGGAGAAACCUCUAUGGGACUGGCUUGGCGAGGUGGUUUGAUGAGAAAUGA